AUUUCCUGCAAACUCUUGCAACACUUCCACAAAUUGAAGCUAGCAGCUCCGUAAGGACAAGACUUUUGCAACGGCAGGGAGGCAGCCUUGCACUGGUAGCCGACCUGCUCUGGACCUCAGAGCCUCCAGUGCACAAAGGAGCACCUCUCUCUGAAACAGUAGGUUGGCAAUUAUCAUGACCAUGAAGAGCUUGUUGUCUAAUCACAACCACUAUGUUGCAUCUUUUCAACUGUUCCUCAAGAAUUCAACCGAACAUCAAUGCAUGUUGGAGUUCAUUCAUAAGAAGCUGCCCCACUUAAUAUCAAGCAUCGGUAAUGGAAAAACUGAAAUCAAUGUUUUAAGUGUUGGCGGUGGUUCAGGAGAAAUUGACCUUCAGAUUCUUGCAACAUUACAGUCCAGAUAUCCUGGAGCUAUCAUUCACAAUGAUGUGAUAGAACCAAAUGCAGAACAAAUAAACAGUUACAAAGAACGUGUUGCAAAGACAUCAGAUCUCAAGAACAUAAAGUUCACUUGGCACAAGGAGACAUCACUGGAAUAUGAAAGUCGAAUUAUGGCCAGCAAAGAGAUGGAGAAAUGGAAUUUCAUCCACAUGAUCCAGAUGCUGUAUUAUGUAAAAGACGUGCCAGCUACCAUUAGGUUCUUUUACAGCCUCUUGGAACCUAGGGCCAAACUCUUCAUUAUUCUUGUUUCAGGACGCAGUGGCUGGGCCAAAUUGUGGAAGAAAUAUGGUCCUCGUUUACCCAUGAAUGAUCUUUGUUUAUAUAUUUCAUCUGCUGAUGUUGAAGAGAUGCUUGAUGGUUCUGGACUGAAAUAUCAGUCUCAUGAGCUUCCAUCGGACAUGGACAUUACGGAUUGCUUUACUGAAGGAAACACAACUGGGGAACUGCUGCUUGAUUUUUUGACAGAAACCUGUGAUUUCAGUAAAACUGCCCCUCUUGAUCUAAAAAAUGAAAUUGUUGAAGAUCUUAAAAAGCCUGAAUACAGUGAAAGGAGAGGUGACAAGUAUUUUUUUAAUAACACCCUGACUGCAAUAAUGAUUGAAAACUAAAAUGGUUUCUCAGAGAGACCCACUUACAAACCUAAUAUCAUUAGGAACUUGUUUAAUAUUGGAUUAACUGUGUUGUAUGUGAAACUUGAGACAAAUACAGACCCAAACAUCCAGGUGGGAUACAGUAUUUUGUGCCUCUAGUUAUGAUUGUUAAAAAUAUUGCUAUGUGUUUGCAAUAUUACAGAGUGACACUUUACUAAUAAAUCAAAACUUACCUUGUU